GGCUCGUUGACCUCUCUCAUGGAUAGUUCAAGCCUGCAAUUGCCCCGGAGUGUUCCAUUGCCCGUUGUCACAGGAACACUUGCUGUCUGCCUAGCUCUGACUGCAGCGAUGGGCUUGUUUUGGUCCAAGAACCACAUGCCCGUCGAGGGCCGGACGGUUUUACUCACCGGCGCCUCCGAGGGCAUGGGCCGCAGCGCCGCGGUGCAGCUCGCAGCGAAGGGCGCCAACCUGAUCCUCGUGGCCCGCAACGUCGGCCGUCUCGAGGAAGCCCUGGCCGAGGUCAAGGCAGCCGCCAAGUCCCCGGGCACGCAGCGGUUCACCUACAUCUCGGCCGACGUGUCCGAGCCCGACUACGCGUCGUCGGUCAUCGCGGAAGCCAUCGCCUGGAACGGCGGGCGCGCGCCCGACAUCGUCUGGUGCGUCGCCGGCAUGUCGACGCCGCUGCUGUGGACCGACGAGGCCGCGCUGCCCGCCGCCCGCCGCAACAUGGACGUCAACUACUUCGGCUCGGCCGAGAUGGCGCGCGCCAUCCUGCGCGAGUGGCUCGCGCCCGAGAACAGCACGGGCCCCCGCGCGGAGCCGAAGCACCUCAUCUUCACCGCCUCGGUGCUCGCGCUGUUCGCCAUCGUCGGCUACGGGCCCUACACGCCCUCCAAGUGGGCGCUGCGCGGCCUGGCCGACACGCUGGCCAUGGAGGUCAACCUGUACCCGGACAACCCGGUCAAGGUGCACGUGGUCUACCCGGCGACGAUCACCAGUCCGGGGCUGGAGAGGGAGAACAAGACCAAGCCCGCCAUCACGGCCGAGCUGGAGAAGGACGAGCCGCCCGAGACGCCGGACACGGUGGCGCGCCGCGCCAUUGCGGGGCUGGAGAGGGGCGAGUAUUUCGUGGCCGUGUCAUUUCUGGGGAAUCUGAUGCGCUGCGGUGUGAUGGGCGGAUCGCCGAGGAACAACUGGGUGUUUGAUACCGUGCUGGGCUGGUUUGUGCCCAUUGUUUACUUCUUCGUGCUGAGGAUCAUGAAUGCGCAACCGCGCCUGGGAACAGCUGGACGAUUUCCGUUGCCGGGCACGAGCAUGAAAUCGUCCGUCAUCCGCUCGCAGCGCGGUCGAUCGAAUAAGGUGACAAAACCGGGCCCUCCGGCACGCGGCCGCGCCCCGCGCCCGGCGACAGCGCAACAUCUCGCUGCCCACGACGCCCACGACGGCCACGUCCACGGUCUAGACGACGACGACCUCAAGGGCGAUCCCGCUUCCGUGUUCGACGACGUGGCCAUGGGCGCCCAGGACUAUGCUGCGGCUGCGGCUGCAGCAAUGGACACCGAUCUGAACGAAGACGCCCACGGCGAGGCCGAGCCCGAGGCCGACAUGGACGACGGAGACGACGGCACCGGUGCUGCCUCGGGCCUGCCGCCCCAUGUUGACCUCACGGCCGCCAAUAUUCUCGCCAACGGUGGCGCCGGCGCCGCCGGAGCUCCCGGGAGCGCCAUGUCUCAGCCCGUGCAGGAGCAGCUGCAAGAAAUGCAGCAAAACUUGGCGCAUGCCCAGCACGCCCAUCAACAUCAACAUCAACCUCAACAUCAGCAUCAGCAUCCCCCACCCCCCCAGCACCAACAUCAACACCAGCCAGCAGCGCACAUGGCCGCCGCGCAGCAGAUGCCGCCGGCCCACCAGGCGAUGGACCCGUCCAUGAUGAAGACCACCGAGGAGAUGGCAAGGGAUUCCGGUUACGGCGAACUCAACAUCGAGAGCGCUCUCGCCAAGCGACUGGCGCGCGAGCCGGGCCAGCGUCUCGCGCAGCAACGCAGGCCCGAGCAGGUCCUCAACCUCGCGCGGCGGAGCAAUGUCGAGGCUUUGUUCGCCCACAUCGCCGGCGAGCCCGCGCGCGUUCCCUGCAAGAACUGCCACAAGGGUCACGGUCCUUGGACCAGUUGCAUCGUUGUCGAUGGCCAAAUGUGUGGGAGCUGCGCCAACUGCUGGUUCAACGCUAGCGGGGCGAGAUGUAGCUUUCAUGAGACACGCAAUCCUCAACUCGUCCCCCAGCACCCGGCGAUCCUGCCGGCCAACAAUGCGGGCCUGGCCAACGACCCGGCCUACCGCUUUUCUGCUUCCCAUCCAUUACUCCAGCCUCAUGGCGGCGCUAUGGGAGCCGUCAACCAUCCUGGUGUCUUGUUGACCAACAACCCGGUGCUUCUGCAGUUGGUCAACAGAGCGAUGGGCGAGGUCCGCGCAGCCGACAAAGCCACACGGCAGCUCAUCCAGAUCGACAUCACCGCGAAGCAGCUGGCCCUCCAGAUUGCCGAGUACGAAGAGAUGGUCGACAACCCGGAGACGCCCGGGGGAGCUGUCACAGGCCAGCAAGUGAUGGGUGACGAGGCCGGCGCUUAG